CGACAUUGAGGUCUUAAAAAUUAGUACAUGUCAUAGAGAUAACGAUAAACCUUUAGGGCACAAACUGUGGACGCUCUGUCCUCCAAGACCUAAAUCAAACUUUGCUAAUUAGCUGGGCUACAACUCUACCAACCAAGCGGGCAACGGGGACACCAGGGCAACCAGGGCAACCAGGUCAGGAAUUGACAUUUGCGGAAAUAAUUUGCGGACGUCUUUGAUGAGUGCUUUAUGUACAUUGUGAUAUCUUGUGCCUUUCUAAAACCGCGUUCAUAUCUGACAUGUGUGUCUGAGGGACUGAACAAGGAUCAUGAUGAAGUUCUAGCAGCUAGACGUUACAUGAGACAGGAUAUCUCACAAUGUUUCUCGGCCGCCUCGGCUCGUGACCUAACUCAAACAAUCAGAACACUGAGGAGACUCCUGAUUGAACCAAAAGGGCAAUGAUGCUGAGAAGGACAGCCUUAUUAUCUCUUUACGGGAUUUUCAAUUUUGUUGGUUUGCUACAAGCAAGGACGGCGUGUAGUUCCAAUAAACCCAUCUGUGACUGCCGGCCUGAAGGUGCAAGUCGGCAGCGGUAUAAGUUUGUGAACUGUAACAUGAGAACCCCACCGCUUACUACUUUUCCGGGUGGAAUACCUAAUGAAGUGGUGGAAUUGGAUUUAAGUCACAAUGAAAUUGAACAUAUUCCUCAAAAAAAGUCAGUGUUAAAGAAUCUUAGGAAGUUAAAAAAAUUGCAGCUGUCUACCAACAGGAUCACCAGUAUCAACGAUGGCGAUUUUACAGAUCUAAAAGAAUUGAUAAAUUUAGACCUCAGCAGCAACCCAAUCACAACAAUCACUGCAAAAGCAUUUACGGGCCUGAGACAUCUUAGCGUGAUAGACCUCCGGGGUGUCACUUUGAAUUGCGGUUGCGUGGAGAGGGAUUUCUAUAAAUGGGCCGCAACCUACAAACCGACGCCGAUAUCGAUUCUUGGUAUUAGGUGCAGUAACUUGGAAAGUCUGCAGUUCCUUUCAAGCGUUCCGUUCGAUUCGCCAAUUUAUUCAGCUUGUGAGCCACCGCCACCAGCGACGCGGUGCAUGUCUUGCAGCAAAACGAGCGCCUUCAAUGAUGACGAAUGUGAUGCGAAAGGCUUCGUUAUAAACUGUAGUGCUGGCCAGAUUGCUUGCAAGAUGGAGUUCGAGUUUACAAAAAAGGGUCACUGGGCAUUGCAAAAGUUAUGUAGUGAAUCAGACUGUACCAGCCAACAGCCAGCGCCAUGCGUCGACCCGAAGGAUGGCUUUUAUGAUCAGCAAGGCUCUUGUACCAUGUGCUGCGGGGGUGACUUGUGUAAUGAGGGAUACGAGGAAAUAAAAGAUUAUCUCAAGAAUAUUGUAUUCAAGAUUAAACUCAAUCUGAAGGACGCCAAAACCGCAAACUCAACAGAAAUACAAGCAGCCAUUGUCAAUGUUGUGAAUGCCGCAAAUCUACCAGGUGUGAUUCAACCUCCAACAUUCAAAAUCGAAGGAUCGGAGGGAUAUGUUGAAGUGAAUGCAACGUUUUUACGUGGGUAUAUGGAUACCAUUCUGAAUUCCCUAAAACCUGCCAUCGAACUUGGCUUUGCUACUGAUCCUGUACUGAAGGAAGAAAUAGGACCAGGCAAGAUUGAAAUAUGGACAACUGAAUAUUGUCUUCCUGAGCAGACAUUUGACGAGCUGAAAGGGAACUACUCCUGGCCGACGACGAAGUCAGGAGCAACAUCCAUGGUGGAGUGCCAACGACAGGGAAACGAAGGCAUGAGCACGAGAAGAUGCGUUUUUGGGCCGUCCCCCUCAGGUGAUGAGCUGAUUCCGGUAUGGGGCGAUCCUGACUUGAGACACUGCGCCUACAUCAGCAAGACGACUGAGGCACUGAAUACGCUGACCAAGUUGCCCAUUACAAAUGGGACAGUAAAUGCUGUAUCCAAACAGCUCGCAACCGUGUCAGCAUCUGCAGAGAAUGUAGCGGACGUUUCAAUGUCCACAGAAGUUAUUGACAACAUUGUGAACAGUGAGGCGGCUUUCUACAAAGAAAACGUGAACAGCACCACGAAGAACGUGGUUGGAUGUAUCAGCAAUCUCCUCGAUGUUGACUUCAAUACAAUGCAGCGAGCUGGCAGUGCACGACGUUUGGUUGCCAACAUCGAGGCCAUGAUAAAGAAGAUAUCGCUGAAACCCGGGCAGGAGAUGGACGUGGUGGACAACAAUCUCGCUUUAACCCUGGUGGACACUACCACGGGAAAGGCAGACGGUGGUUUGCAGUAUGGUGUGACGGCCAAGCCAGGUUAUCCAGAAUUUAAUGACACAAAUGUAGGAGUGGGUAAACGAGGUGCCACAGUCAAAACAAGCGUCACUAUUCCUCCGGGGGUCUUCAAAGAUAAAGCAAUAAAGAAAGCCGCAUUCGUUGGUUACAAAUCUGAUAUGUUAUUCAAGCUGAUGGAGUUGGACUCUAGCACGUUGGUAGUCGGUGAUAGCAAGAAGUUCAACACGACAUCUAACUCGAUGGUCCUCGCUGCAAUAUUGGACCGACCAGUCAGCGGUCUUACAGGGUCAGACCUUAUAGACAUGAAGUUCGAACAUAGAGAGAAAAAGCUUGCCGACAACCCUCGAUGUACCUGGUGGGACCAAGCCUCCAACGGGGGAAAAGGAACCUGGUCAACGAAAGGCUGCACCGUUGGAGCGACCGAAGCUGGUGUUACGACCUGCAAAUGCGAUCAUUUGACAAAUUUCGCUCUUCUCAUGGACGUCUAUGGCUCUAAUUCGGACAUGAGCGCCAGCCACCAGCAGGCUCUCACCAUCAUCUCGAUAACCGGAUGCACCCUGUCGGCGGUCGCUCUCAUCUUUACCAUCUUUACCUACGUCUACUUCCAUCGAAAGUUGCUGAAGGACAACCCGUCGAAGAUACUGCUGAAUCUUUGCGCUGCUCUGCUUGGUCUCAAUAUAGUCUUCCUUGGGGGGACGCACUACCAGGUGGAUGAUGGGGCUUGCAAGGCUGUGGCUGUACUGCUGCACUACUUCCUACUAGCUGGCUUCACGUGGAUGGGAGUUGAAGCAUUCUACAUGUAUCUCGCUCUCGUGAGGGUCUUCCGACCAUAUUUCUCAAAAUUAAUCCUAAAAUGCUGUUUAGUUGGAUGGGGUCUCCCGUUAGUGAUCGUUUCCAUAACUAUCGGGGUGAAUAAAACGGACAACUACUACCUAAAGGGUGGACAGAUUUGUUGGAUCCGUGACAUCCCAUUCUACGGUGCGAUAGUGGCGCCAGUAUGUGCCAUUCUCAUCGUCAACAUCAUCGCAUUUAUCAUGGUUAUCCGCCAGCUCCAUCGGUUGACAGAGAGGAAGAAACUGACCAAGAUGGACAAAGCUCAUACAUCGACUAUGACGCAGCUUCGAGGCGCCGUCAGUGUGCUGGUUCUUCUUGGUCUAACGUGGCUUUUUGCUUUCCUUUCCAUUGGCGAUGCCAGCCUUGCCUUUGCCUACAUCUUCGCCAUUCUUAACACGCUGCAAGGCCUCUGGGUCUUUGUGUUUUAUUGUCUUCUGAAGAAGGAUGUGCAACAUGCGUGGAUGAGAAAACUUAUCUGCUGCCCCACCCCAGAGGACUCAAGGUCGAGUAAAGGAAAGUAUACUCUAAACCAUCAAAAUACAACAAAGAAGCUGACAGGAUCAGAAGGUAGUUGUAAACAAUCUGAUAGCACUGGUGUCACAUUAGCAACUUAUAAGCGCGUCUCCACAGACACGGUGCAGCCUCUUUCGGUAUACACGCCCUUCCAACUAAAGAGCGGGAUGCCGGGAGUUUCCCCUUGCGGCCCCUUCCCUUCUACAGGAGACUUUGACUUUCAAAAAAGGAAGGAUUCCAGUUCGAGCACGGCCACUACAACCACAAGGAUAUCUUCAGCAGCAUCGACCAAGUCGAAGAAGAGUACUGCUUCCAAUCAUACUGUCUGUACAACUCUUUCUACCGAAACUGACGAUAGUACGCAUGAAAAACCCACCGACGGUAACUGCAACACAACUGCCUACGAAAAUCCAGCCUUCUCCCGUUCAAUAUCUGGGUCCACCGACCAAGCCCCUACAGAGCACGAACCAAGUCCGAGCACGGAACCAAGUCCGAGCAAGGAACCAAGUCCGAGCACGGAACCAAGUCCGAGCACGGAACCAAGUCCGAGCACGGGACCAAGUCCGAGCACGGGACCAAGUCCGAGCACGGGACCAUGUCCGAGCACGGGACCAAGUCCGAGCACGGGACCAAGCGGGGAAAAGAACUAUAAGUGGGAAGUCAAGCCACAAGCUGGAUUUGUCGAUUCAAGAGGAUUCGCCCGUCCAGUAUAAACUCCAGUGUUAAAAAGAGAUGCGGUCUACUUUGCCGGUACAACAGUACUAAAGAGAUGCGGUCUACUUUGCCGGUACAACAGUACUCUCCUCUCAGGACAUCAGGCUUUGGUGCUGUUUAUACCUUUCUACUCACGUCUUGGGACUGCCUGACAUUUAAUCGUGUGGCAUGGCUACCCGACACCAUCGGUGAUGAUGUUACUAGAAACAUCAUUCAGUAUGUUGAUUCCGUAAGAAAACGUUUAGUAUAUACACAAUAUAACGUAUCAAGUAUCAUGCACAACCAUCUGUGGGGUGUCACAGGCUUGGAAGAUAUCUUUCCGACGAGUAACGACAACAGAUAGAAUCUUCAAGCUCGUUUAGCUUGUAUAGCUCAUAUCCCAAUUAGCAGUCUUAGUGGGUCGGGUCAGGAUGCCGAUGGAAGGACAAUGGCUAAAACUAGCAAGUAUAUAUGAAUGGGCGGUGACGAACUAUUAAUGUUAUGGUUAUGUAAUGCAACCACCUCUUUGACAAAAUGUCAACUUUUUUCAUCUAUUAUCUCUUUAGAGAAUGAUAUAUUCAUGUGCCAUAAUUGUAAAUAAACAUCUUGUAAAUGCUGUA